UUAAUACGUAUCUUCUCAUCAUGUAUCGAGUGUUUUCGAUUCGAUAAGUAUGCACAAGCUAAGCACUAUAAACAAUUCCUCAGUUGUUUCUUCGGUAAACGAGAUAUCUUUCAUUCGCAAAUAGGUGAUUUGUUGACUUAGCUUGAUACGUAUUGUUUGUUAAUUUUGAUUAAUUUUGUUUCUAGCCUCUGUUGCUUUUGGUCUAGAAAAAAAAUGAUUUUCAUACGUAGCAGUACGUUGAAAGGGAUUUGAUUAGUGGCUCAUUUAUUGAGCGUUUCAUCUUUAGGACGGAUUACCAAAGUGGAAUAAACCGAAGGUUAUCGCGUGUUACUUCCUCAAGAUCCAAGCUACCAAUACAAACUACUUUCGUAAACAGCUCUAAAGGGCUUAAGAUUGAUGUAUCCUGGCGGAAAUUCCAUUACAGCGCCAUUUGCCAAGGAGAGUGAAGUUAACCCCAGUUAAAGCAGAAAGACUAAAGUAUUCAAGCAUCGUCGUGCCCUGCAAAAUGGAGUGGAGACGACUAUCGAUGCGUGCACUAUUUUAGCCGAUCUCGGUGUUUGGUUUUAUCUUUAAAAUUAAUCACUUUAAAUGGCAAGUCCAUCACUGGCGAGCAGUGGGUCAGACGGGACGCACGUUUUGCUAGCCGCAACACAAGAAAGCAAUACGACAACGAGCUCGCACAUCACCGAUAAUAAAGGCCUCCCUUUGCGUGUGUUCGUCCCGUGUAUAGCGGUCGCUGGGUCAGUCCUAUGUCUGGUCUUUGUGAUAGCACUGGUGCUGAUACUCAAGCGAAGGCGACAUGGCGAGCGCAACAGACACUUCCGCACUGCGCGAAGCAACACCCAGAUGUCUUUCGACAAUAUGGCGUACGUCAUCUGCAGACCUCGUACACCGGAAGUGACGUCACGACAGGAUGCUCACGGAAUUAGUGGAAUAACCAACACCGUGAAACGGAAGUUGUCGGCGUUUAGCUUACUCGGCCUGCAAACCCAGGACAUCCCAGCGGAGUUCAGCUGUGGGAGACUGGAGAUAGUGGAGACAAUGCCUUACAGCACGGUCCUGCCAGAAGAACUGGGUGAGAUUGUGCUUACUGCGCAAGUCUGAGAUACACUCUUUUUUAUAACAACGUUUUAAGGCUGAAGAUGUUCUUAACGAUGUUCUUAAAUUUUAGUGUAUAUGAGAAUACAAUACCCAAUGAAUUAUCAGGAAGAGAAUUACACAAAGCACAAUUCGAUUCUGCAUUUAGAACACAUCACACAAACAAAACUCGACAUUUUGCUGCUUUCAACAGCUUCGACAUGUUCUUAGCAUGUUCUUAAAAUUUGGUGAAAUCUCAGCCUCGACAUGUUCUUAGCAUGUUCUUAAAAUUUGUUGAAAUAUCAGCCUCGACAUGUUCCAAGCAUGUUCUUAAAAUUUGGUGAAAUCUCA